CGCUUCCGCUCUGCGCCCGCCGCCGUUCGCGCAACCCGCGGGGCCGCCCCGAGCGCCCGUCGCCUCGCGCUCCGGAAGCGGAAGCCCGGGAAGCGAGGCGGCGCGGGGAAGAUGGCGGCGGCGGUGGGCAGCGCGGCGGCCGGCGGGGUCGGGGCGCGCGAGGCCGUGUCGGACGGGGCCCCGCGGCGCGGACACUCGGCCCUGGCGGCCGGGCCGGCGCUCAUCGAGCCGGGCGACGAGCUGGUGGCCGGCGUGUGGCCGUACCGGCGGCGGGCGCUGGCGCGGCGCCUCACCGUGCUGCCGUUCGCCGGGCUGCUGUACCCGGGCUGGCUGGCGGCCGCCGCGUCGGGCUGCUGGGGCUGGGGCAGCGGCUGGCCGCAUGUCCCCGAGGCCGCCCUGCUCGUGCUGGCCGCCAUCGGCCUGGCGCACGCGCUCACCGUGCUGUCCGGGCACUGGUCGGUGCACGCGCACUGCGCGCUCACCUGCACCCCGGAGCACGACCCCCGCAAGGCAACUCUUGUGAAGGUGGUGCCGACCCCCAACAACGGCUCCACGGAGCUCGUGGCCCUGCACCGCGACAAGGGCGAGGAUGGCCUGGAGGUGCUGUGCUUCGAGUUCCAGAAGACCAAGUACUCGUAUGACGCCCUGGAGAAGAAGCGCUUCGUGCCCGUGGCCUUUCCCGUGGGCAACGCCUUCUCCUUCUACCAGACCCAUCGCGGCUUCCAGGAGGACGCCGAGAUCCGCGCCGCUGAGAAGAAGUACGGGAGUAACAGGGCCGAGAUGGUAGUGCCCGACUUCUCAGAGCUCUUCAAGGAGAGAGCCACGGCCCCCUUCUUCGUGUUCCAGGUGUUCUGCGUGGGGCUCUGGUGUCUGGACGAGUACUGGUACUACAGCGUCUUCACGCUGUCCAUGCUGGUGGCCUUCGAGGCGUCGCUGGUGCAGCAGCAGAUGCGCAACAUGGCCGAGAUCCGCAAGAUGGGCAACAAGCCCCACGUGAUCCAGGUCUACCGAAACCGCAAGUGGAGGCCCGUGGCCAGUGAUGAGAUCGUGCCCGGCGACAUCGUGUCCGUCGGCCGCUCUCCGCAGGAGAACCUGGUGCCGUGCGACGUGCUGCUGCUGCGUGGCCGCUGCAUCGUGGACGAGGCCAUGCUGACCGGGGAGUCGGUGCCGCAGAUGAAGGAGCCCAUUGAGGACCUCAGCCCGGAGCGCGUGCUGGACCUGCAGGCCGACUCGCGGCUGCACGUCAUCUUCGGGGGCACCAAGGUGGUGCAGCACAUCCCGCCCCAGAAGGCCAGCACGGGCCUGAAGCCCGUCGACAACGGCUGUGUGGCCUAUGUGCUGCGGACCGGGUUCAACACAUCCCAGGGCAAGCUGCUGCGCACCAUCCUGUUCGGGGUGAAGCGGGUGACCGCCAACAACCUGGAGACCUUCAUCUUCAUCCUCUUCCUCCUGGUGUUCGCCAUCGCCGCGGCCGCCUACGUGUGGAUCGAAGGUACCAAGGACCCCAGCCGCAACCGCUACAAGCUCUUCCUGGAGUGCACGCUCAUCCUCACGUCGGUCGUGCCCCCCGAGCUGCCCAUCGAGCUCUCGCUGGCCGUCAACACCUCGCUCAUCGCCCUGGCCAAGCUCUACAUGUACUGCACGGAGCCUUUCCGGAUCCCCUUUGCCGGCAAGGUGGAGGUGUGCUGCUUUGACAAAACGGGCACCUUGACCAGCGACAGCCUCGUGGUGCGCGGUGUGGCCGGCCUGAGAGACGGCAAGGAGGUGACACCCGUGAGCAGCAUCCCCGUGGAGACGCACCGGGCCCUGGCCUCGUGCCACUCCCUCAUGCAGCUGGAGGACGGGACCCUUGUGGGGGACCCCCUGGAGAAGGCCAUGCUGACCGCCGUGGACUGGACGCUGACCAAGGAUGAGAAAGUAUUUCCCCGAAGUAUUAAAACUCAGGGGCUGAAAAUUCACCAGCGCUUUCAUUUUGCCAGUGCCCUAAAGCGAAUGUCCGUGCUGGCCUCCUACGAGAAGCUGGGCUCCACGGAACUCUGCUACAUCGCGGCCGUGAAGGGCGCCCCCGAAACCCUGCACCCGAUGUUUGCCCAGUGCCCGGCCGACUACCAUCACAUCCACACGGAGAUCUCGCGGGAGGGGGCUCGUGUGCUGGCGCUGGGCUACAAGGAGCUGGGGCACCUCACCCACCAGCAGGCCCGCGAGGUCAAGCGGGAGGCCCUGGAAUGCAGCCUCAAGUUCGUGGGCUUCAUCGUGGUCUCCUGUCCGCUCAAGUCCGACUCCAAGGCCGUCAUCCGGGAGAUCCAGAACGCGUCCCACCGGGUGGUUAUGAUCACGGGGGACAACCCGCUCACCGCGUGCCACGUGGCCCAGGAGCUGCACUUCAUCGACAAGGCCCACACACUCAUCCUGCAGCCUCCCUCCGAGAAAGGCCGGCCGUGCGAGUGGCGCUCCAUCGACGGCAGUAUCCUGCUGCCCCUGGCCCCCGGCUCCCCGAAGGCGCUGGCGCAGGAGCACGCCCUUUGCCUCACGGGGGACGGGCUGGCCCACCUGCAGGCCACCGACCCCCAGCAGCUGCUGUGCCUCAUCCCCCACGUGCAGGUGUUCGCCCGCGUGGCUCCCAAGCAGAAGGAAUUUGUCAUCACCAGCCUGAAGGAGCUGGGCUACGUGACCCUCAUGUGUGGGGACGGCACGAACGAUGUGGGCGCCCUGAAGCACGCGGACGUGGGCGUGGCGCUCCUGGCCAACGCGCCCGAGCGGGUGGUGGAGCGGCGCCGCCGGCCCCGGGACAGCCCGGUCCUGAACCACAGUGGCGGCGGAGGCAGGGCGGCCUCCAGGAUGGCCAGGCAGAGGCUGCCGCCCCCCGAAGAGCAGCCGUCCUCCCAAAAGGACCGCCUGAGCCAGGUGCUGAGGGAGCUGGAGGACGAGAGCACCCCCAUCGUGAAGCUGGGGGACGCCAGCAUCGCCGCGCCCUUCACCUCCAAGCUGUCCUCCAUCCAGUGCAUCUGCCACGUGAUCAAGCAGGGCCGCUGCACGCUGGUGACGACGCUGCAGAUGUUCAAGAUCCUGGCGCUGAACGCGCUGAUCCUGGCCUACAGCCAGAGCGUGCUCUACCUGGAGGGCGUCAAGUUCAGCGACUUCCAGGCCACGCUGCAGGGGCUGCUGCUGGCCGGCUGCUUCCUCUUCAUCUCCAGGUCCAAGCCCCUCAAGACGCUGUCCCGCGAGCGGCCGCUGCCCAACAUCUUCAACCUGUACACGGUGCUCACGGUCAUGUCCCAGUUCCUGGUGCACUUCCUCAGCCUCGUCUACCUGUACCGGGAGGCCCAGGCCCGCAGCCCCGAGAAGCAGGAGCAGUUCGUGGACCUGUACAAGGAGUUUGAGCCGAGCCUGGUGAACAGCACCGUCUACAUCAUGGCCAUGGCCAUGCAGAUGGCCACCUUUGCCGUCAACUACAAGGGCCCGCCCUUCAUGGAGAGCCUGUGGGACAACAGGCCGCUGGUGUGGAGCCUGGCCCUGUCGCUGCUGGCCGUCUUGGGCCUGCUGCUCGGCUCCUCGCCCGACUUCAACAGCCAGUUCGGCCUCGUGGACAUCCCCGUGGAGUUCAAGCUGGUCAUUGCCAAGGUCCUGCUGCUGGACUUCUGCCUGGCGCUCCUGGCCGACCGCGUCCUGCAGUUCCUGCUGGGGACCCCAAAGCUGAAAGUGCCUUCCUGAGGGGGGCCCAGCACCCACUGCCCAGCCCAGGCUGCUCCCCCUCCGUGGGCGGAGCAGAGGCCCCGCCGGGACCCCGGGAGAGAACACUGCCCCUCCGCCGGCCCCCAUGCCUCGCCGCGGCCAGCCCGCCCCGUUGAGGACUGAGCCAGGAUGCCCGGGGCCGGCCGCCGGCCUGGCUGGUGGGGCCCGCCCAGGGCUGGCACCUUUGGCAAAUAAAGCAGCACCCCAGGUUUUAAGAAGCCUG